CGACGACGACGACGACGACGACAACGAUGAAAAUACUGGUAGAAAGACGAGGAUGACUAUGGUGACGGUGGCAACGGGCGAGAACGACAACGUCGACGACUAUGACUACGCUAGGAGAACGACGACGGCGGCGACUACGACUACGACUACGAGAGGAUCGACAAUGAGAACGACGAAUAGGUGGUACGUAGUGGUAGUGGUUAGGCGAGUAGAAGAAGGUCGCGUGUGUUGGUUACGUGGACGAUACACAUAAUGGAAAAGGUGUAGUGGUGUUAUAGUAGUGGUAGUGGCGCGAGUCGGUGGUGAGGAGGAUAGCGGUGGUGUUGUCGGGCGGUGGUGGUGGGACGAAGAUGGUGGGGUGGUUGGAUGGCGGCGCUCCUAGCGCGCAAGCCGCACCGUCCGACGCGGAUGCAGUUACGGGAGCGCAGCGCGACCCAAUGCAACUCGACGAACGUCGCAUAUCCGGAGCCGGAUCAAACGUCGAGGCCUGGGCAAGUGGUGCGUGUGCGUGUGUCGCUUCAUCUCCCUCUCGCCUGUGCGCCCGUGAAACACGCGAGAGAGAAACCAAGGGGGAGUGACGGGGAAAAGACGGAUGCGAGAAGUAAAGCCGAAAAGAAACGAACGAAGAAAAUGAGAAACGGUGUUUCCCUCGGCGGUGCGUAAGCGCGUCUUCGAGAAAAGAAAAAGAAAACGGAGGACGAACGAGCAGGAAGAAAGAAAGAAAAUAAAGGGAGAAGAAAACGGUGAGAGAAGAGCGACGGAGAGAGAGAAGAAACCUGGCGAAAUAACCUUGUCGAACUCGUGCAACAAAUACAUUAAGGAAUCUCGUUGUUGUUUCGCUCCUCCGAUCGAGACGAACCGCUGUUGUCGUCGUCGUCGCUGCUGCUGCUACCGCUGCUGCUGCUGUUGCUGUUGUUGUUGUGCACGCGCGCCGUGAUUCCGCGCUUCGUACUCACGCCCUCGCUGCAUAAACUUCUCGUUUUCCGCUCCGUUCUUGCGGCCAAGGCGUACCGCUACGAGCAAGAAAACUACUCGGUUCCAAGAGAGGAACCGUCAUCGGCAAGAGAGGAACGAUCGACGGAUCGUACUAAUCGCGAACGAUCGGAGAAACAAAAACGGAGCCGGUAGAGACGGAAAAGCAGUGGGAGAAAGAAAUUCGAAGAUAAAGGUGAAACGAGUGAGUAGGAAAGGAAGAACUAGCCGGUGUUAGGAUCGUCGUUGGUGGCAGUGAUAUCGUAGGAACGGUGGCAAAACGCAGAUCCGUCGGUGAAAUUCGCGCGCGCCUCCAAUUUCCUGUCGCUCGGAUUGCCGAAUCGAAUUGGCGGCGGAGGGAGCGGAAGACGGAAGACGGGAAAGGAAAACGGUAAAAGAGCAAAGGGUAAAAGGAAAAACGAAGGAGAGGGAGAAAGAGGAGAGUACCAGCGACGCUGUCGAGGAUCGGAAGGAUCGAACGGAGGAGAGCAACAGGCUCCUAGCGUGGAAGGAAGACGGUGGAGGGGAGGCGGUACAACUGGAGAGUUCGGUGCAACCGUCGAUUCCAUUUCGUUAGUUCGCGCUCGGUCUCCUUUUUCGUACGCGUGUCAGUCUACGAGCGGAGCUACGUUUCUCGUUGGAGACCUUGUCGGUUCGCGGCCGUCGAUCGUUUCGCGGUCGCGCCUGUGUUACGUUCUUUGUCUCGUUUCUGUUUCUCGGUGCGUGAAAGUAUAAAACGACGCCGGAAAGAGAGGAAGAAGCACAGACAGAGCAAGCAGGAAGAAGAAAGGGAAGGAGAAGAGGAAGAAGAAAGGGAAAAUCGCGAUUUAAUUCGAAGGAAAAUGUCAAGGAAGAUGCGCGACGAGCGCGGCUACCGGCUCGACACGAGAGUGGCGAGCCGCUACCAACCAUUCUGAGGACCGAGCGCAUCGCCGAUCGUCACGCGAGAAGGAAGUGCAACCCGUGAUUCUUCCUGUCGUGAGAGUAACGUUCGAUCGAGUAGCGGUUUCCUCGAAAGGAGGCCGGACGAGAGGAUCGGAGGGGUGAGCGUGAACGGCGAAAUCGGUUGAAGCGAAAGAAAGCCGAAAGAGGAAGUAAAAGGCAGGACUUGCCGGCGGCGACAGACUGCACUCUCGCACCGUUCAGGGCGCAAGCGUGCACGUAUGUUGUGCGUUUCCGUGCCCUAACCCUGUCUCAACACGAGAGAGUAGUCGUUUCUCGGCGUUCUCAUCCCUACUCCAGCAACAUCGCCGCCGUUGCCGCCACCGUUAUCGCCACCGCCACCGCCGCCGUUACCGCUACCGCUACCGCCACCGCCACCGUCACCGACGCUGCUAUCGGCUCACCAUCCCUCCAACGUUUGCAAAGAAGCACCGCCAUAGCCGACGUAACGACGACGACGACGACGACGACGACGACAACGACGAACACCAACGACGACGACGACAACGACGAACACCAACAACAACACGAGGACGACGACGACGACGACGACAACGACGACGGCGACAAAGAAGUAUAGAAGGAGAAGGAAGACGAAGACAAGAACGUUGACGAAAAUCGCGAUCGCCAACACUAACUUGACCAUCGGGCUUCCAUCAUCGGCCCUCGAACAUUUUGCCCGGUCUUGGUGCACGUUACGCCACGCGUGACGUCGUAUCCAGCGUGCACGUUAGAGCGGCAGUGUGCACUACCUUCUCCCCUCGUAUCCUGCUCGCGCACGCCUUGAGUCGACGGCGCGCGUCCAACGACGAAGAAACAUUGGACGAACUACGACGAACGAAAUCAAAAGGAGCAGCGGAUCGAGAAAGUCGAUCGAUCGAACGUUGAGACAGGAGCAAGGGAAACGGAAGGAAGAGCAGGAGGUGGAGGAGGACGAGGACGAGGACGGGAACGACAACGGCGACGACGACGACAACGACGACGAGGACGUGGACGGAGGACGGCCGGUGGCGUGGGGGGUGGACAUCCACGCGGGAACUCGAGGCAGGCGCACCCGGCCGGCACGCACACACAUUCAUUCUAAGAUGUGAUUUCAAAAAUGGCGGAUUGCCCCUAUGCCCGUUGCAUACAGGAACGCAGACACAUCCGACGGGAGCUGCUGCGAUGGACAAAGAAUAUGGUCUUCGUAGUCGUUACGAUGGUGUCGCAGGUCUGGAACGGGUAGCGGAGGAGUUGAUGGGCCGUAGGAGAUGGAAGCAAUAUCAGGACACCCUGUACAGCGGUACUCGCAGCAGCGAAUCAGUGACGGCACAGCCCCACCACCGGCUCUACCCGGCGUUCUCGUCGUCCUGCGACCCGGUGGUGCCCGGGAAUUUGGAACAAAUUGGGUCGCGUCCGCUUCAUCCUGCGUCCUCCUCGUUACCUACAACGAUAACGACGACAACGACGGUGCCACCGGCGAUUACGACGACGACAGCGGCAACGACGGCGACGACGACGGGCCCGAUCAAGCAGGAGAGCCUGCAAAGGCAUCACCUGCAGAACCACCAUCACCUACAGCCCUCCGCCGUUCAAGAUCACCACCGUCACUAUCAGCAGCAACAACAGCAACAGCAGCAACGACAACAACGGCAACAAGAAGACCGUCGCCUAAGGACAGACGAGAUCAAAGUCGAGGUCGGCGAGGACGAGUUCGCGAACGGUGUCGCCCGAGAGGAAUCGGCUACGAAGACCGCGGAUACGUCGACGACGACCACGGUAACGACGGGCACGACGACCACGUCGACGACGACAACGGGAACGAGCAUACUUGCUACCAGUACCGCGACCGGCACGAUCGCGACGAUCACCACGCCGAACACCACCGCUGUUAUGACCACGGGAACCACGACGAUCGCGACGAGGCGGCGACGCAAACGCCGGCAGAACGACGGAGAGGCCACCGACGACAGAGAGGACGACGAAGAGAACGAGGAAGAGGAGGAUGGAAGGGGGCAGGCCGAAGUGGAAAAACGGCUGAAGCUCGACGAAGACGCCGACAGGCCCGUCAGUCCUCUGAGAAGGGAGAACGAUCGAGGAUCUCGGGAUUAUCCGACUGCCAACGCUACAGAUACGGAAGGGACCAAGGAACGAACGGAAGAAGUCGCGUUGGAGCGGACACCGGUGACGCAGGGUUCAUUGAGAGUGAAAACGGAGGAGGAGUUACAAGGAGUGCCGAGUUCUGGAGGCGGUCCAACGAUAUUGACGACACCGACGCCGGAUUCGGAUGCGAUCAGGUCAGGGUUGCCGUGUCGGGAGGUUGAAGCAGCCGCUAGAAACGCGGUACCGCCGUUUCUUAUUGGAAGCCGACGCACCAGCCCACCGCCAGAAGACUGGAAGCCGCUAGACAAAUGUUACUUUUGCCUGGACGGCAAGCUACCGCACGAUGAUCAACCACCUCUCAGUCCGCAGAGCGACAGUAGCAGCAGCUCGCGAUCGGCCGAGUCACCGAUGUCGGUCCAGGUGGACCCGAUGGCGGCGUCCGUGGUCGCCGCGGCUCUCACCGGUACCUACCCUACCUUACUGCCUCAGUGGUGUCUGCCACCAAGGGAGGCGCCUCUCGUUGGGGUGCAGCCUCAUCAGGACAGUGCAACGCCAGCCGACCAACCUCUCGACCUCUCGGCCAAACCGAAAAAUUCUCAGGAUAACAACAUAUCUCUAUUGGAACAACAGAAAAUACCUCUGAGGAUGACAGCAGGUAUCGACCCCAAGAGUAUCUUUAAUUCUUGUUAUCGUGCAAAACCACGUAUGACCGGGCCAGUGGCGGCCGUGGCGGCGGCAGCAGCAGCUGCGGCAGGCGUCGGUGGUGUCCCCGUGGUGGGUGCCGGGGGUGGCCGGAGGGCCUACACCGAGGAGGAACUGCAAGCCGCUCUCAGGGAUAUCCAGAGUGGCAAGCUCGGCACACGAAGGGCGGCCGUGAUCUACGGGAUACCGCGUAGCACCCUGCGCAACAAGGUCUACAAGCUUGCGAUGGAACGCGAAAGGGACGCGUCCCUGUCUAGCACCCACUCACACCCUCACGAGCCCGGCGCCCCAGCCACCACCACCACCACCAUCACCACCACCACCACCACUACUACUACUACUACAACUACAACACCACCAAAUACGACCCAAAACGCCUCCGCGACCACUCCGCCCCCGCAAGUGGAUGAGUUUAACACACGGCCGCUUGGUCUUGGCGAGGUUGCAAGACUCGAGGUGGACGACAAAGAACUGUCCGGAGCGGAAGAGGAGAAAGAAGUGGAGAAAGCUCUGCUGAAGCCACUGUUGUCCUUGGAAGACCUUGUCAGGUUUUCCGCCCUCGAAGGAAGCGGCGGUGAUUCCCUCAGAACGUUGCUACAACGAGGACACGAGACGGGAGCCGAGUGGCCAGGGCUCGAACACGCCAACAUCGGCCCGUACAUUCAAAAGAUGCUUGCAGCAGCUGCGCCAUUUAAAGGCAUGGAGACGCAAGACUAUCGCAUUCCAGAGGUGAUGAGAAGGCUGAUGAGCGAAGACAAGAGGCUAAACAAAAGCGUAAACGGGGACCAGUCGCAGCCACCGCAUCAGCAGCUCCAUCACCAUCAACCGCACUCGACGCACCCGCAAGCUCAGGCACAGUCGCAGACGCAGCAGCAGCAGCAACGUGGCCCGAUGACGAACGACGACUUCAACCCAAACAUCGAGGAAGAGGCGAGCGACAGUGCUCAAGGCAGAGCGAUCCUCAAGAUUCCGUCCUACAAGCCCGCGAGCACGCCUGGAUGUUCGAGCAAAAACGGCGAGCCAACGUCGGCCGCAUUCGCGCAAGGAUUCGCGGCCGCGACAGCAGCCUCGAGUCCGGGUCUCCUGGAACGAGCGAGUCCAGCGUUCUCCGGUACCAGUAGCCCAACCAACUCGUUGGUGGGGAAAACGGUAGCCGUGAAUUUCCGCGACGUGAUCGCGAAAAGCAUCAGCGUCAAAUUCCAAGAGGGUCAAACGGUCGCGACAGCCGGAAUGCCCGGAUGUCAACCGGCCGGAGUGGUACAGCCGCAGCAAGCGAUAAUGACGGAUCCAAGUCCGUUCAAAAGAGGCAGAUACACACCGCCUCAGCCGGCGUCGCAGCAAGCCCAGUCGCAGGCGAAACCGCAGGCCCAAGAAGCGAACAAACCGAAACCAGCUACCGGUGGCAAAGGAACCAGACCGAAACGCGGAAAGUAUAGGAACUACGACAGGGAUAGUCUGGUGGAGGCUGUGCGCGCGGUUCAGCGGGGUGAAAUGAGCGUGCAUCGUGCAGGCAGCUAUUACGGAGUACCACACUCCACCCUCGAGUACAAAGUUAAGGAACGGCACCUGAUGAGGCCAAGGAAGAGGGACCAGAAGCAGUCGGACGAUAAAACGAAAGAGACCUCAGCCGUGGCAGCGGCGGCAGCAGCCGCGAACAUACGACCAGGUACGGCGGACAAGAAACCACAAUUAAAGCCACAGAAACCGUUCACGUCACCGGGCGGUAUCCCAGGACCCAACGGGAUCAAGAUGCCGCCGUUCAUAGAAGGCAUGCCUCAUUUGCCAUUCACGCCGUUCAAUUUCUGGAGUCCGCCGCCGUUCAUGCCAUCGCCGUUCAUGGCAGGAGCGCCGAACGUUCCAACGAUCCUACCGGAACAGUACUUCGCGACGAGUAGGAUCCGUGGUCUGCAGGAACAACAAAGAAACGCGGCCAUGGUGCAGCAACAACAACAACACCAACAACGAGACAGGGACGGGAUAGGCGUCGCUGCUGGCACCGCUGAAUCACCUGGAACCUCGAAUUCUCGUAGCACGCCGAUGAGCAAAGCACCGCGGGAGGUAUCCGAGAGCUUGUACGAUGGUUCGGGAGCGAACGGCAGUUUCUUGGACAAUUUGAUCAGGUCGAGCCUCGAGACGGGAAUUCCAAGGGACCAGAGGGCAAUGACCGACGCGAGGAACCAACAGCAGUCGUCCUCGCAGCAACAACUCCCGGAAUCGAUGAGGGGCAAAACGUUGAUCGAUCAACUGUGCAGAAACUCGAGGAGAACGCCGGUGUCGAGGCUGGCUCAGGAUAGCAGCGAGGACGAGAGCUACAGGGGACCACCAUCGACAACCGGUAGGCCGAUCCCGGAAAGACCGGAACGCGUGCCCACCGUCGACCUUAGCCCGUCACCGUCGGAACGUGGCCGGAACGACGACGGCAGCGAUCGACUCACGUCGCCGCCGACACCUCUCUCGAUCUCAAGGGCCGGAAGCAGAGACGAGGACAGUACCCGGGACUCGAGGAUCGAUCGUAGCAGCAGGGAACGAGAGGUUCACAACGGUGGACAGGAAGACCGCGAUAGAAAGACUCUGACCAUUCAGCAGCCGCAACAGCAGCAGCAGCUGAAUCACUACCCGGACUUACACAAUCUCUACGCCGUAUCAACUGAGAAAAAAAGUGCCUGUGAUAGUAAGCUUAUAGUAGAUCAUUCGAGCCAGAAGACUCAACAGCAGCAGCAGCAGCAACCGCAGCAACAACAACAGCAGCAGCCACAACAGCAGCAAAAGGAAUACGAUGCGGUGAGCGGACUGGUUGUGCAACUGCAGCGGGGCUACAACAUCGGGAACAGCAGGUCCGGCGAGCAGACCAACAGCCAGCAAUCGACGGAGCAACGUGGAUCCGUUAUCAGCAUGGAAGACUCCGUUGAGCAGUAGGAAAAGAAAGUCGGUAUCGUUGAUCAGUAAAGUAUACAAGUAACGAAUAAUAUACGGUGAACGAUCCGUGUAGACGGUAAGAGUCCACAUUCCCGCCCAAUGCACCGGCAUUUUACACACCACGUUGCCACGGUCGGGGAUCCUCGGCCUCCGCUUUCUCUCUCUCUCUCUCUCUCUCUCUCUGUCUCUCUCUUUCUCCCUCUAUUUCGGUUCAAGCAUGUACACCAACGUGUACUCGAUAAUUGUCACUGUUGUGUCUCGCGAUUGGCCUCGACACCAUCGGCCAGAACCGACAAAGAACCGGAAAUUCGUGCACGACUUCGUCGCGCGUCGACUAUGAAAGCGAACGCGCGACCGUUUCCGAGGAGAAGGGCGUGAAAGCCGAGCACCUCCUCCGUUGGUGUGUGUGUGUGCGUGUAUAGGACGAGGGACGUUUCGAAGAAAACGCGAAACGUGGCACGAAACGGUAGUAGUCCCGAGCCUGACCCUGCCCUUUCCACCAGGAAGCCCCUUGAACGUCGCGAGGCAAUAGAGGAAACAGAAAAAAAAGACGGAAAGCGAGUAACGAAAAAAAGAAAAAAAGGAAAACACAGAAAUGCGUAAAUGCUACCCAACCACCCGUGAACCCACUGCGAUUCCAUCAGUUACAUGUAUCCGGCGCUCGAUCUUCGUCCAGCUGACGGUAGGUCGUACCGGUACAUUUUUGACUAUGGCGAUAUUUCGAUUCGAGGAGAAGGCAAGAAACGGAUACAAGACACGAUGCAACGUUAUUGUACCGAAUGCAUACACACGAUACACACACAUGGCCAUCCACAGAGACACGCAGAUAGACGUACUCAUUCGCUCGGUGAUACACUUAUUUUCACACGUACAUAUGGACGCCUCUGACACCGUCGGGUAAGCAAGAAUGCGCGUGUACGGUAUUACCGUAUGCCGAUCUAUGCAACGGCCCGGCGUUAAAAUACAAAACGGGGAACAGACGAAGCAGCACGUGAAACAGUCCGCGCGUGCACGCGUCCGUAGAGAAGAUACGCGUUGGGUAGGAGCGCGCGAUGAAAAUUCUGCAGGGUUGUCCGGUCGACAACGCGCGCGGAUACGUUGGCCGAUGAUAGACAUUUUGAACGCGCGAACGCGACUAGAAGACGAACAAAAAAUGAAGAAAUAAGAAUAAUUGCCGACGCAACAACGUAUUUUUUCCUCUAUCGAUGUAAAACUACCUAAUGCAAGAAAAAAAAAAAACUUAUUACCUACUACUAACAUUACUUAACUCGUAAGGAGCAACAUAAUUAUAUAAGGAAUGAUAUAUUAUAUAUUAUAUAUAUAUACAUAUAUUUUUGGUCAUUACGAACGUAUGCGAAACGAGAACGAGCCAAGACUUUUGUUGGCGCGCGUAUAGAUGACGUUUUUUCAUAAGGCGACAAUAUUUCUCUAAUCUCGGUUAUUUCGAGGCUGGCGUUCGGUAAAAACGCGUACCCCCUCUUAAACGGGUCGCAUCGAACAAGGACGAAAGAGGGAAGCGGGAAUAAGCUGCUUAGAAAGGUACGAAACGAUUUUCAUCGAUGAGAGAACGAUCGCUCUUAUCGUUGAUCGAUGCACGAAAAGUAAAUAUUUCACGAACAUGCGCGUUACGUUUCGAAAACGAAGAACAUUGGGAAUAUGGUUUGGAGAAGCAAUGGGAAGAAAGAUGAAUCUAAUUCGAUUCUCUGAUCGACGACGAUCGUUUUGUUUCAUGGAACUGCGGCGAGGGGAGAUCUACGAGGAAAACGUUAAAAGAGAAAAUGGAAACGCGUAGAUGUAUAUAAGGCAUUUGGAGAAAAAGGAUUGCUAUAUGUAUAGGCGUGCGCUUGUUCUCCACUCGGUUGUUCAUUACCGAAGUGCAAAAAUUUUUCUUACGCGCGGCAACGCAACGCAUUUUGAUACGAAUUGCAAAUUUUCUAUCGCGUAGAGGAAGAGAAGCAGCUGUAAUGGCGGCGUUCGUAGAAUUUCUUCACGAGGAAAACAUCCCACUCGCUUCUGGGAGGAAUCGGUUCCCUUUCUCUUCUAGAUAGUCGAUCCGCGUGGUCGACGAUCGAAACGUACGAUAAAUCAGGCGAGUGUGACGACGUUUCGUACGAUCGGACAUUAGUUUCUUCCUGUCUGACUUUUUCUACGAACCACACGAUUGUAUCUCGAUGGUGUUUUCCUUUUAGCGUCGAAGAAAAAACGUAGCAAAAUUAGAUGAAAUUCGAACGCGUCGAAAAGAUCGGCCAUCAUUAUUUCUAAUAAGGCAAUUCAGAGAUUUCCAUUUCAAGAAACACGUUCCGAUGUUCGUCGAUACUCUUUCCGGACGUUAAACGACUUUUCGAAGCUUCUUAUUGGUCAUUAAUAGAGGCAACGACGGUGACUACGAUGACGGCAGCUACCGUAACGAGUUCUAGAGAGUAUCAUCGUUGAGUAUCAGAGAAAGAAUUCAUCUUUCGCUUUUCAUCAACGAUGCGACCGAUCCUUAGAAAUUAAUCUCUGCAAAAUUCAUAUAACGUUUUAUUACCAUCGUCGUCGUUACGGACUUUAUCUGCGACUCUGACGUUAACACAGCCGAUGGAAGCCUCGGAAAAUCGUGUAAUUUCCGAGGAAGAGGACAGCGAACAUCAAAACUUCUUGGAAUGGAAAUUUCGAAAUUCUUUCACGAUCGUUUCGGUCGCGGUGAGCGACGAUACAACACGAAGAACGCCAGUCCCUCCUCUUUUGACUAAUUUUUUCGCAGGUUAUCCAUGAGCGUCGUGCGCGCGACUAUCGAGGUAUCUUCUCGUAUUUCAAAUUAGAAUUCCGUUCGACAGGAGAUCCUUGACUAUAUAGAAUGAACACGUUAAAAUAAAUACAAAAAAAGAAAAAGAAGGGAAGAAGUGGUGAUUUCGUCGUUUCGCUAGUUGUAGUAGCCGAGCAGGACGUUGGACCAAGACGAAAUCGAUGAAAGCAGGCGAAUUCGAAAGCAGAAUGACUCGUUUUAGCGAAACACGCGUAGAAAACGUUACCACGUUUGAGGAAAAUAGUGAAGUUCGGCGCGUUAAAGUACACACCGCGGGCCACGAUUUUUCCGUCUUUCUCGCGUGUCGAGGAGGAUUUCACAAGUUCUGAUUCUAAAAAAAAAAAAAAGGACGAGGACAGAGGAAACGAAAGGAUAAUUCACGCACUCAUCUCAUGACUCUCUUUAAGUAAAGUAACGACUGAAAGACUCUAGGCUGUACAUAAAGUAUAAGGCAUGUAUGUUCGGUGUUUUAAAAAAAAGCAAAAAUUCCUUACUAACGCAAAAAAAAUUAUACCUUACGAAAAAAAAGUAAAUCGUAUAAGCAAGGCUACUCUCUCGGUGUUUUUUGGAACUAAAC